CUUCAGAAAUAGAGGGGCUCAUCGGGCAAAAACAUCUGCUUCAAUGUUCAAUUAUGCAAUAUUUGUCUCCUACCUUUCAGUCAAUGUAUUCUUUCAUCGCAACGUCAUUAAUUUAACAAAAAAACAUUUGCAUUUGGUCUAAAAAUCUGUGGCACUACUGCAGACAUUUGAUUCCGCUCUUACGAGGGAUGUAGUGGGGAUUUGUGAAUUUGGUACCUUUUUCGUUGCUAGUAACUUUUCGCUGGCUGCUUCUCCCGUAUGAAUUAAAGAGACAACGUUGGGAGACGACGAUUGAGGCUUGGCAGGCGGUGCAUCCGUCGUUUGAAUUUUAUUUGAGCGUAUUCAUAUGGACCCAAGUGAAAGACAUGUAUCUCAUUUAAUUUUACUGUAGCUUCUGUUCUUGGCUGCCCGUCAGCACCGCCAUUUUGGGUCAGUCACAUAGACAGGCGAAUAACUUUUAGAAUGAAUAACAGAGUGGAAUUGGAAGAGCUGAUGCCCAGCAAUAUGACCCCAUCGAGUGAAAUCAGUUUACAUGGAGUAACCAGCAACAGGUCUGUUCAGAGUACGCAUCUGUCAACCAAAGCCUUUAUUAUUCCAGUUAACACAGCAGCGAAUCUUCGAAAGCCUCGGAGUUUCUCCAGAGAAAAUCAAGGCAUUUUCUUGCCAGUCAAAGCAGAACAGCCAGACAGCACUGUGCCAGUGACUGCUACAAUUAGUCCUCAGAUCAGUGGAGUGCACAACUGUGAUGUGGUCAGUGUUUUGGAAUGGAAAGAUGGGAUUGCUACCUUACCUGGAAGCAACUUGAAGUUCCGACUGAAUGAAUUUGGAGUUCUGGAGGUUGUCAGCUCAGAGGGUAUUGUGACAGAAUCUGUGACGACGGCAUCUCCAGCAGCACCGGUGGAAGCUGAGAGUGAUACUUGUAGUGAGGCUGGCUGGAAUACAACCACCCCUACUGAGUUGAAACAGACAAAUGCAUCUUACAUGGAUGAACAGCCACACGUGGAAAGUGUCUGCUGCUGUACAAACUGUGGUCACACUUACACAGUGAAUGAAGUCAGAAGCGAUAGAAGGUUCUGCAGUGAGCAUUGCCGACACCAAUUUAAAGAGAAGUCACUCAGAAUGGGCAGUGCAGCAGUGAAGAGGAGUGCUGGGGCAAUAUUAAAACGGGUCAAAAAGAGGAAAAGGAAAGUGUGUCUGAGUCCUAGUUCAGAAUCCAAUGAAGAAUAUGAUUAUGAAUUAACUGAGAUGGAACACAGGGACGAGCAAAAGGAAGAUUCCGGAAAUGUCAGUGGACGUCUGAUGGAUGACAAUCAUCAUGUGGAAUUUAGACGAGGUCGACCCAAUGAACCCAGUUGCCCUUUUCCUGGAGAGGCUGUAUCUAUUGUAGGAAAGAACAAAAUCUGGUCUUGGGCUUCAUACUUAGAAGAGGAAAAGGCUUUUGCUGCUCCUGUCAAACUCUUUCGAGAGUAUCAGUCCUUUCCACAGAAUAAGAAUGCUUUCAAGGUUGGCAUGAAGUUAGAGGGUAUUGAUCCGACACAUCCAUCUAUGUACUUUGUACUCACAGUAUUUGAGGUUUGCGGUUAUCGCUUGAGACUCCACUUUGACGGCUAUUCGGAGUGUCACGAUUUUUGGGUAAAUGCUGAUUCUCCAGAUAUCCACCCUGCAGGAUGGUGUGAGAAGACAGGCCAUCGAUUAUAUCUUCCUAGAGGGUAUAAAGAGGAAGAGUUCAACUGGCCAAAUUACUUAAGGAUAACAAAAUCCCAAGCUGCACCGAAGCAACUCUUCAUCAAUCAAAAUAUAAUGGUCACCCCUUUGGGAUUUCGUGUUGGAAUGAAACUGGAAGCAGUCGAUAGAAUGAAUCCAUCUCUGAUCUGUGUUGCCACAGUGACAGAUAUAGUUGAAAGCAGGUUUCUGGUGCAUUUCGAUAAUUGGGAUGACACGUAUGAUUACUGGUGUGAUGCCAGUAGCCCGUACAUCCAUCCUGUUGGUUGGUGCCAGCAACAUGGGAAACCAUUGACACCUCCACAAGGGUACCCUCACCCAGAGCAGUUCUCUUGGGAUAGGUAUUUAGAAGAAACUGGAUCUUCUGCUGCUCCUGCGCGUGCAUUUAAAACACGUCCUCCUCAUGGCUUCCAGGUAAACAUGAAACUGGAAGCUGUUGAUCGACGAAAUCCAAUGCUGAUUCGUGUAGCCACGAUUAUUGAUGUUGAUGACCACAGGAUAAAGAUCUGCUUUGAUGGAUGUAGCCAUGCUUACAGUUACUGGGUAGACACAGAUGAUCCAGACAUCCAUCCUGCUGGGUGGUGUAAUAGAACAGGACAUAUUCUUCAUCAACCAGCUAAAUCAGCAGAUUCCACAGCUGAUCCUGGACAAAAAAGAUGGCCUACUCCAGGGUGGAAGACUGUUAGUCAUGCAAAGAGUCCAAAAUAUACCACCCAUCACCGGAAGUGCCCCACUCCAGGUUGCGAUGGGUCAGGACAUGUUACUGGAAAGUUCAUUGCUCAUCAUCGUUUAUCAGGCUGCCCACUGGCUGAAAAGAAUCAAGCAAAAAUGAAGUUAGAAUUGUCAAACGGUGAAGGUUCAUCUCGAAAAAGAAAUCUUUUGUCAUUUGGGCGUAGAAAGAAAUCAAGACAUCAUGGGAGAAUCGGCCGACCACCCAAGUAUCAAAAGCUUCAACAAGAGGAUUUGAAAGUCAGCUUUCAAAACAUUCCAAAAGAAGGCAUACAACAAGUCUUGCAACAAUCAGUCUUUCUGUCUGCCAUGUCUCCACAUCCAGCUCGUUCAUUGUCCCUGUGUUGGGAACAACAUUGCAAGCUCCUUCCAGGUGUAGCAGGGAUCAGCGCCAGCAAAGUAGCCAAAUGGACUAUCGAAGAGGUGGGAAACUUUGUUCAGAAACUUACCGGCUGUGAACAACAGGCCAAGCACUUCAAAGAGGAGUCAAUCGACGGGGAAGCUUUUCUUCUGCUAACACAAGUAGAUAUAGUGAAGAUCAUGAGCAUUAAACUUGGCCCAGCAUUAAAAAUUUAUAAUUCUAUACUUAUGUUCAAAAAUGCAGAUGAUAUUCCUUUGAAUUUAAAUGAAACAUAAUCUUGUAGAGGAAGUAAAACUGCUUUGGAAACACAAUGGAUUCCAAUUAAUUGGAACGCAUCAGGUCCAGUACAUUUUGGCCCAAUUAAGCAGCUGCCCCAUUUAGCUAAAGUUUCAUGGAAAUGGUUAAGAAGAUAUAAAAAAGACAAACUGAGUGAUAAGUUAUAUCUUUAAACAAAAUACAGAACACUACCAAUGCUACAAACAGUACUAUAAAACUGUGUAAUAGUUCCUAAUCGUUAUCAGUGGAGGAACUUACCCAGUGUACGCUGCUGUGUAUGGAGUGUCCAGGGAGGUGAAGGGACUUGUCGUGUCCUUUCUGGGACAGCUCACUCACCUUUGGUCCUCAUCGGACAUUCAGCUCCUACCGUGGCUUCAAGUAGCUUUUUGCAUGAGACAGUGGCUACACCCCAGUACACUGCUUCGACAGGUGGACUAAACCAGGUGAAGGUAGCCAGUGGGUCUCGUACCCUGGUAAUAUAGGGACAUGCCUGUCCUAGCAUGUGAAGUCAUCUCCGGCGAUGAAACCAACAGUGAGAUCCAAAGGCCAAGAAGGCAGUUCUGCAAUGCUUUGUGGAGAGUGAAGGGCAUGAUAAGGCACAGUAGAAUUCAUGGUUAUCCACUGCAACUAAAGAAGGCUGCGGUUUGUGAUGACUACUCAUACCACUGGACCUGGACUUCUGAGGUCGAGAGAGUGGAAUGGUUUUUGUACUUCAAAAACAGGUUUCACUGUCAUCGUCACGUACAAUGGACACUCAACAUGCUGUCAUGGUUCUUUUAAAACGCAAACAACAGGAAU